AAAUCCGAUCGACCGACCGGGCGAUGUUGCUUCGCUGAGGUUGACUGGCCGAGCCAUGAGGAGCGCCCACCCCACUCCCCGCCCAAGUCCGCCCCGCCCGACGACCCGGAACCCGACCCCGCCCGACCCGCCCAGCACCCGCCGCUCUCCGCCGCCGGAGCCCUCCGCAAGAAGGGCACCAGCGUCCGGGCUUGGCUGCUGCUCGACUCCACCGGGCAGGCCCAGGUGGUGGAGGCCGGCAAGCACGCCAUCAUGCGCCGGACCGGCCUCCCCGCCCGCGAUCUCCGGAUCUUGGACCCGCUCCUCUCGUACCCUUCCACGAUCCUCGGCCGGGAGCGGGCGAUCGUCAUCAAUCUGGAGCACAUCAAGGCCAUCAUCACCGCGCAGGAGGUCUUGCUGCUGAACUCGAGGGACCCCUCCGUGACGCCCUUCGUGGAGGAGCUGCAGAGGCGGCUCGCGCGCCAUUUCCACGCCACCACCAAAGCCCAGGAAGGGAAUGCUGAUGAUUCGAGAUGGACUAAUCUGUAUGAUUUAGAAGAGCCACAGUCGAGGGCUGUUAGCCCUGGAAAUUCUCCUGUAGGCUUUUCACAAUUAGAAGGUCAGGAAGAAGAAGAAGGAGAAGGUAAGAUGAAUGGGAAACAAGCCCUUGAGAAUCGAGAGGGGCUGAAAGUUCCUCCAUUUGAGUUUGUUGCACUGGAGGCAUGCUUGGAGGCUGCUUGCAGCUGCUUGGAAAUUGAAGCGAAGACAUUGGAGCAAGAGGCUCAUCCAGCUUUAGAUAAGCUCACUUCAAAGAUUAGUACUCUCAAUUUGGAGCGAGUUCGUCAAAUUAAAAGUCGCUUGGUUGCCAUAACUGGACGUGUUCAAAAGGUGAGGGAUGAAUUGGAACACCUUCUUGAUGAUGAUGAAGAUAUGGCCGAGAUGUACUUGACAGAAAAGUUGGUUCAACAACAGCUUGAAAGUUCUUCGGCUUCCUCGAUAAAUGAGAAAGAGGGAAUAGAUGAUGAAGUUCUUCAAUCUGAAAUGGAAGAUAGGGUUCCUGCUGAGAUUUCUUUGGACGCUAAUGGAAGUUCCACUUAUGAGGGUGAUAUGCCAAACAUUGUCAAUCCCCGGGAUCAUUUGUUUGGCGCCCCUAACAUGCUUGGUAGAGACAGCCAUGGAACACAUACCAGUACCAUUCAUAGUGCUGUAAGCAAGCAGCUUGAUGUGGAGGAGCUUGAGAUGCUGUUAGAGGCUUACUUUGUGCAAAUUGAUGGUACAUUAAACAAAUUAUCCACGCUGAGGGAGUAUGUCGAUGACACGGAGGACUACAUCAACAUAAUGUUAGAUGACAAACAGAACCAUCUGCUGCAAAUGGGGGUUGUGUUGACAACUGCAACCCUAGUGGUGAGUGCUUUUGUGGUCAUGGCAGGACUUUUCGGCAUGAACAUCCAAAUCGAGCUCUUUGAAAAGGAUAAAACAGGUCCAGAAGCAUUUUUUUGGACUGUCGGCGGUGGCGCAACUGGCAGCCUUUUCCUUUACAUCAUUGCUAUUGCUUGGUGCAAGCACAAGCGAUUGCUGGAAUAACAUUCCCUCCGUUGCCCCUCCCAAAUAACAGUCAUUAAGUGUGGUACUACAAGACAGUAUCCAGGUGUGUAUAGCAAUGUUCUGUUAUCAGUCAAGAGUGUUGCGUUAUAGCCAAUAAUAUCUCAUUAAUGGCUUUUGUUGACAUGGUUCAAAUCUUGAAAACUUCCUUGGGAACUCUCUUUGCCAAACUUGGCGAGUUGCAGAAUGUAUUUUAAAGAAACAUGGAAUAUCAUUUGCCUGAGCUGUUGAUCGGGUUAUAUUUAUGAUUUGGUAGUUGGUGUCUCCACCUAAUUGACGAUUAGGGGCCGGUAUUCAGACUUUAAAUUUGCUUUUCUAGAUAUUUUAUCAAUGUAACUUGGCAGAUUCGCAUCAGUUAUUUCGAGUAUUAUUUA